UUAACAAUCUUCGCGGAACUUCUGGGUUUUCUGCACAUUCGCUAAUGCCACAGUGCUGCGGAGGGAACAUCUGCUUAGUGCGCACAUACAAAUCAGCCGUAACACCGGAACACGUGAUUUAUGAUUUUGGAACUUCCUCGGUUUUGCAGGCAACCUUUGCAUCCCCCAGCGAUUAUUAUUAUUAUUAUUAUUAUUAACAAGAGCAAACACUGUUGCCUCAGAGAGGAGCGGCCCUAAUUUAUACAGUGGCCACGUUAACGACACAGACUGAGAUUUAUGACAGAAAUGGCAACUUUCUCAAUGUCCGUGUCCGUUGUGACAGAAGCUGGACUCAGCUGUGUUGUUUUCCCCGCCGCUCAGUUCAGAACGACGCCCGUGGCUCGUUUCACAGGUGACCGUUUCCCACGUUGCUUAUAUCAACGGACACGGGUUGAUUAAUAGCAAACAUAAUCCAUCCAGAGCGCGCGCGAGGCUGUUGCAUAACCACACUCCGCGUGCGGCCACAUCUAUAAAUGAGAGGGAAACGACCAAGGUGAGCGCAUUUGGAGCCUGGACCUCAAAGUGUGCACGGCUCAAGAUGGAUAAAGGCUGGUGGAAACUGACCCUCGCUCUUCUGGUUCUGCUGGUCAGCAAGUAUGCAGAAGCCUCCUUUUCAUACCACAUGGAAGACUUCAUCAGGGCUGUAAAGCAGAUAGAAGAUGAGGACCCUGGCUCAGAUCCAGCUACUGUGUUGAAGAGGUUGCGCAGAGCAGCUGGCCUAAAUGAUGCCUUCAUCCGACACUUCCUUCCAGACGCUCAAGCUGCUUCUGAAAUGCCUGCUAACCUCUCUGAAUACUUUCGCAAGGCUGUGCAUCACAGGGUGCUGGAAGAUUUCAAAGAAGAAGGCGUGGUUCUGACCCCAGACGGUACCACAGUAACCGUCGCACCGCUCCUCUUGGGCAUCGAAGCGGGCCUCCUCAAGACUAAACGUCAAGCUCACUUCCAUCUCACUUUUGCCAAAGAUCUUGAUGUUUCUUUCAGACGUCAUUCUUCGGGCACACAUCUCCUCGGGCCUGAUGGAUGCUGGAACAACGUAACGUCUCCUCAAGUCUUCACGCUCUCCGGCAAACCAAAUCUGCUCACAACAGCUCAGAUCAAUGGAAGAAUGGACGGCAUGAUAUUGGGGACGGAGAUUUCAGCCAAUUCCAGACGUCUUCUCAAGCUCAGCAGUCUGUUGAAGGAGUACUAUAGCCACCGACUGGACGGGAAGGGAAUGGACAGUGCCCCACGUCUCAUCAGUCAACGUCGCAGGGAGAACUUCCAACUUUUGGUCUUCCCUUCUCCCCUGAUGAAAAAGACGAUGACGACCGUGGAACUGCAACAAAGGCUAACAGGACAACCAGAGAUGAAGUUGGAGACUAAGAGGAAGCUGCGGGCUGUGGUGAGAAAGGCAAUGAAAGAGUUUGUUCAGAUGUACCUGGAUUGCCCGCCCAUCAUUUCUCGAUGUACGUGGGGCGCUGAGCCGUACAGAGGAACACCCACCUACCUCUCCUUGCCUCUGCCCUUCUUGUUCAUCCAUCACACCGACACACCAAGCGAGCCUUGCUUGACCUUUGAGAAAUGCUCUGCGGACAUGCGAGCAAUGCAGCGCUACCACCAAGAAGACAGAGGCUGGGAUGACAUUGGAUAUAGCUUUGUUGCUGGCUCUGACGGGUACAUCUACGAGGGCCGGGGCUGGGACAUCCAGGGAGCCCACACCUCCGGACAAAACUCUAGAGGCUACGGCGUGUCCUUUAUUGGGAACUACCAAACCAAUCUGCCGUCUCAGCAUGCCAUGAGUCUGGUGAGAGAUCAGCUGGCAGCCUGUGCAGUAGACAGAGGUGGACUAGUGUCCUCCUACACCCUGAAAGGGCACAGAGAUGUGGUGAGCACAACCUGUCCAGGAGACGCCUUCUACAAAGAAAUCAGUGGCUGGGAACACUUUGGGUAAGUCAAGACACAAAAACCAUGAGCUUGGGAAGGUGAAGAAUGAAGACAAAAGAAACAUACAAUAAAGAGUUUUUCUGCUCCUAUUAAUCAUGUAA